AUGCCCACCCUAGUCCCACCCUGGCCACACCCACACCCUGGCCACACCCACACCCACACCCUGGCCACACCCACACCCAGGGCUGAUAACAGCAGUGGUAACGACAGUGAUAACAACAGUGAUAACAGCAGUGAUAACAGCUGUGAUAACAACAGUGAUAACAACAGUGAUAAUGACAGUGAUAACAACAGUGAUAACAUCAGUGAUACCAGCAGUGAUACCAGUGAUAACAACAGUGAUAACAGCUGUGAUAACAACAGUGAUAAUGACAGUGAUAACAACAGUGAUAACAGUGAUAACGACAGUGAUAACAACAGUGAUAACAACAGUGAUAACAUCAGUGAUAAGAGCAGUGAUAACAACAGUGAUAACAGCUGUGAUAAUGACAGUGAUAACAACAGUGAUAACAACAGUGAUACCAGCAGUGAUACCAGUGAUAACAACAGUGAUAACAGCUGUGAUAACAGCAGUGAUAACAGCUGUGAUAACAACAGUGAUAAUGACAGUGAUAACAACAGUGAUAACAGUGAUAACGACAGUGAUAACAACAGUGAUAACAACAGUGAUAACAUCAGUGAUAAGAGCAGUGAUAACAACAGUGAUACCAGCAGUGAUACCAGUGAUAACAUCAGUGAUAACAACAGUGAUAACAACAGUGAUAACAGUGAUAACAACAGUGAUAACAGCUGUGAUAAUGACAGUGAUAACAGCUGUGAUAACAACAGUGAUAACAACAGUGAUAAGAGCAGUGAUAAGAGCAGUGAUAACAACAGUGAUACCAGCAGUGAUAACAGCAGUGAUAACAGCAGUGAUAACAGCAGUGAUAACAACAGUGAUAACAGCAGUGAUAACAGCAGUGAUAAGAGCAGUGAUAACAACAGUGAUACCAGCAGUGAUAACAGCUGUGAUAAUGACAGUGAUAACAACAGUGAUAACAACAGUGAUAACAGCAGUGAUAACAGCAGUGAUAAGAGCAGUGAUAACAACAGUGAUAGCAGCUGUGAUAAUGACAGUGAUAGCAGCUGUGAUAACAACAACAGUGAUAAUGACAGUGAUAACAACAGUGAUAACAACAGUGAUAACAGCAGUGAGCAUGAUAACAACAGUGAUAACAGUGAUAACAGCAGUGAUAACAACAGUGAUAACAGCAGUGAUAACAGCAGUGAUAACAGUGAUAACAGCAGUGAUAACAGCAGUGAUAACAGUGAUAACAGUGAUAACAGCAGUGAUAAUGACAGUGAUAAUGACAGUGAUAACAACAGUGAUAACAACAGUGAUAACAGCAGUGAUAAUGACAGUGAUAAUGACAGUGAUAAUGACAGUGAUAACAACAGUGAUAACAACAGUGAUAACAACAGUGAUAACAACAGUGAUAACAACAGUGAUAAUGACAGUGAUAACAACAGUGAUAACAACAGUGAUAACAACAGUGAUAAUGACAGUGAUAACAACAGUGAUAAUGACAGUGAUAACAGCAGUGAUAACAGCAGUGAUAACAGUGAUAACAGCAGUGAUAACAACAGUGAUAACAGCAGUGAUAAUGACAGUGAUAAUGACAGUGAUAACAACAGUGAUAACAACAGUGAUAAUGACAGUGAUAACAACAGUGAUAACAACAGUGAUAAUGACAGUGAUAAUGACAGUGAUAACAACAGUGAUAACAACAGUGAUAAUGACAGUGAUAAUGACAGUGAUAACAACAGUGAUAACAACAGUGAUAAUGACAGUGAUAAUGACAGUGAUAACAACAGUGAUAACAACAGUGAUAACAACAGUGAUAACAACAGUGAUAAUGACAGUGAUAAUGACAGUGAUAACAACAGUGAUAACAGUGAUAACAGCAGUGAUAACAACAGUGAUAACAACAGUGAUAACAACAGUGAUAACAACAGUGAUAACAACAGUGAUAACAGCAGUGAUAACAACAACAGUGAUACUGACAGUGAUAAUGACAGUGAUAACAACAGUGAUAACAACAGUGAUAACAACAGUGAUAACAACAGUGAUAAUGACAGUGAUAAUGACAGUGAUAACAACAGUGAUAACAACAGUGAUAAUGACAGUGAUAAUGACAGUGAUAACAACAGUGAUAACAACAGUGAUAAUGACAGUGAUAAUGACAGUGAUAACAGCAGUGAUAACAGCAGUGAUAACAGUGAUAACAGCAGUGAUAACAGCAGUGAUAACAGUGAUAACAGCAGUGAUAACAACAGUGAUAACAGCUGUGAUAAUGACAGUGAUAACAACAGUGAUAACAACAGUGAUAAUGACAGUGAUAAUGACAGUGAUAACAACAGUGAUAACAACAGUGAUAACAACAGUGAUAACAACAGUGAUAACAACAGUGAUAACAGCAGUGAUAACAACAGUGAUAACAACAACAGUGAUAACAGCUGUGAUAAUGACAGUGAUAACAGCAGUGAUAACAACAGUGAUAACAACAACAGUGAUAACAGCUGUGAUAACAACAGUGAUAACAGUGAUAACAGUGAUAACAGUGAUAACAACAGUGAUAACAGCUGUGAUAAUGACCGUGAUAACAACAGUGAUAACAACAACAGUGAUAACAACAUGCUUUGUGGUCACACAUCCCAUGCACAUACAGCAUAUGGGUUUCAGAACACACCCUCGUUCACUUAA